AUGGCGAUGGAAGGGCCAUAUCUGUUUGCUUCAAGUCUUGUUGAAAACCCAGAAGGAAUGAUGUGCCAGCUUCAGUGGAAGGAGCCCUUCGGAGCGGAAAGAUCAUAUGCUAUUUUCCUCAUAUCAGAGGCUAUGGUGUUUGUUUACAUCCCUGCCGUUCUUUUGUUUGCACUUUACUCCAUCAUCCUGAUCAAGCUUAAAAAGCAAGCCAAUCCAGGUGAACAGACAGCCAACGCUGAGGAACAACGGAUAAGAAGAAACCGAAAAGUGCUUAAGAUGGCCAUAGCUAUCGUUGUGGCGUUUUUUAUUUUUUGGAUACCA